UCCCUUCACCGCUAAAAGCCAAAAACUGUACUCUACUGUUACCAUUUCAAUUCAAGUCUUCUCGAGGAAGUUUGUUACAGAAAUCCACAAUCUCGAUUUCAUUUUUCUUCUCAAAUGCUUGAAACGAGUCACUCUUCGCGAGUCUUUCGCGGUGUUCAUUUCGCUCUCUUCGGCUUCGAUCAUCUCACAGAAAACAAGAUUCGAUUCAAGCUUGUUAAUGGCGGUGGAGUUGAUGCGGGGAAGAACACUGGAAAUUGCACGCAUGUUAUUGUUGAUAAAAUUGCUUAUGACGAUCCGGUGUGUGUUGCUGCGAGAGAGGAUGGAAAGACGUUGGUGACUGCAUUGUGGGUUGAACAUAGUGCUGAUAUUGGAAUGCCUGUUGAUGCUACCUCGGUUAUGUACAGACCGCUUAAAAAAUUGGAUGGAAUUCCGGGUGCAAAAGAUUUGGUUGUCUGCUUGACUGGCUAUCUACGCCAGGAUCGGGAUGACAUUAUGACAAUGGUUGGCCUGAUGGGUGCACAGUUUUCUAAACCAUUGGUGGCAAACAAGGUUACUCAUCUUAUAUGCUACAAAUUUGAAGGGGAGAAGUACGAGCUUGCCAAGAGAUUGGCCACAAUAAAGCUAGUUAAUCAUCGUUGGCUGGAAGAUUGCUUGAAGGAUUGGGUGCUUCUUCCUGAAGACAAAUAUAACAAGAGUGGUUUUGAACUGGAGAUGAUGGCGGAAGAGGCUAAGGAUUCUGAGGAUGAGGCUGAAGAUUCCAAGCUGGGGCAAUCAGGGGGAAGGACUAUUAGCAAAAGUCCCCUUGGUUCAAAAUUUGGCACAACUGCGACUCAUGGAUUGUCAAAACCUUUAAGAGAGGAGGCAUCAAAUGCCAUCCCAAAUUCUACUGGUCCACAGGUUUUUCCAAAUGCCAAUAAGGGUAAAGACUCUUCGAUUACUACAGGAAAUAAGAACAAUUCUGGUCAAGAUGUAGACUUGAAUAAUAUUGGCGACCUGAAGGUAAGCUGUCAGGUUCCUGAUGUUUCUUUGCAUUCUACAUCAUGUCAGCUACCUGAAUCAUAUGUUAGGACCAUUGAGUCUAAGAAUGCUGAUUUUCCAAAGGCACCUGGCUUCCAGGGUCAAGAUCAAGAUAUUACUGGAAAUAUAAAUUCAUCUGGUCUGCGGCCUAAUCUGCAUGGUGACAAUUUGGAGACCAAGAUAAGUUACACAAGAUCAACUUCUACAAGUGCUGAUGGACUUGCCCAUUCAGAUGAAAAGCUUGGUGCUACGAGUUAUUCUAGAAAGAACCAAAAAGAGUUUACCUUUUCCAGGGUAGUAGAUCAAUAUGAAGGCAGAGAAGGCAACAGUCUUGAAACCCCUUCCACCAAGGUAGAAAAGACAAGUGAGGGAAUCAAAUCUGCAUGUGUUGAAGGUUCUGGGAAUGAAACCGGUGUUAUUCAAGAGGUUUAUCGAAAUAAUUCAUUGCCUCAAAAGAGGACAAAUGAAGCUGCUUCUUCUACCAAAUUAAAAUCAAGAAAGAUCACUAGUAAUGCAAAAUUGUCUAUUGAAAAAACACCACUAACAAAUGGUAAAUCUCAAGGAUUGAAAGUGCCAUCUGUGGUUGAUGAGCCACCUGUGUCUGAUGGCUUUCUUUCUGUUGACAAAGAUGGUAUAAAUAACUUGAAUACCUGCUUGAUUUCUAAAUCUGCAGCUUCUGCCUCCAACUCAGUGGCAUUUGAUAAGCCUAUCUCAGGAAACGCAGAAUCUGCUCAACUUGAUAAUGCUUAUCAGAAUUCAGCACAAAAGACUGUUCAGAGCUUAAAUAAGUCUAAAAUUGGUGGUGAGCCCGAUGUAACAGGUUUUGGAAAGGGGCACGGUGAUAACGAAGAAGAGCAACUUAAUGUCACAACACAUCUUGAGUGUUCAUCACCUGGAAAAAAUUCAAAGAAUGAAGGAUUUCCAGGUCUUGAUAAUUUGGAUUUAAGCAACGAAGAAAGCAAUAAGCUGAUCAGAAAGUCACCCCGCAAGAAGUCAGCUGCCAAGAGAACUUUGGGUUCUAGACCCAGAAAAGGUGUUACUGCUAAACUGAAAAGUUCAGUUUGCUUGAAUAAAACUACACAGCAAGACGAAGGUGUAAGUUCUUCCGGCAGAAGCAAAGAAAUAGCAACUUCUGGUGCUAAGGAGCGUCAGGCAUCACCCCAAAUCCUUGAUGUUAACAAAUUGAUGGAGCAAAAACCGGUUAAUGGAUAUGCAGAAGGUGCUGGUGGCAGAACUGAUUUUUUGGAUGACGAAACAGAGGCUCCUGAUGACAAAUGUGAAUCUGAGUUGGGAAUGGCUCCUAAUGAGGAAUUGGUUCACCUUUCAAAAAAAGUAGACACCUCAACGGAAGAGAAGUUAGAAGCAGUUAACCAUGAUAAAAAAUGUGAAGAACCAUUGCCUCCUAAAAAAGUCACAAAUGAAACUAAAAAACAGAACCUACCUUCAGAGUUAGACUCAACCUCAAAGUUAAAAGUAAAGCAUCAAGCGAUAAAACGUCCUGCAAGUAAAACCAAGAAGACCACAGUUGCAAAGAGAUUAGCAAAAUCGGAAAAGGCAGUAUUUGGGGAGAAGAUUCCGAAUGAGACAAGGGAUGAGGCAGAGAUAAAAAUCCUGAAAGAAAUGUCAUUGUCUGUGCCUUCUGAUAUAAGUGAGAACUCAAAUGCACCAAAAAAUAAGCCAGAGAAUUUUAUUGAAGAGGAAAAGGAGAAUAGACCAAAUGAUGGAGAGCACGGUUUAGAGGAGAGAAGAAAUGUUCGAACAACUAAAUCUAGUGUUAAGCCAGCAAAUAUCAAGUCUAAGGAAAUGAAACAUGCUCCAUCUACAUCAGAGUUUAAUGCAAGAGUAAAACCUGAAACCACAUGUUUUAUUUUAAGUGGGCAUCGCCUACAGAGAAAGGAGUUUCAACAGGUAAUCAAGCGUUUGAAAGGAAGAGUUUGCCGUGAUUCUCAUCAGUGGUCAUAUCAGGCAACACACUUCAUAGCCCCAGAUCCUUUAAGGAGGACUGAGAAAUUUUUUGCCGCUACUGCAUCAGGAAGGUGGAUUCUGAAAACUGAUUUCUUAAGUGCCAGUAGCCAGGCAGGGAAAUUAUUGCCAGAGGAGCCUUAUGAGUGGCACAAAAAUGGUCUCAGUGAGGAUGGUGCCAUCAAUAUGGAGGCUCCAAGAAAGUGGCGGCUGUUGAAAGAAAGAACAGGUCACGGUGCCUUCUAUGGGAUGCGCAUUGUUGUAUAUGGUGACUGUUUUGCUCCACCUUUGGAUACUCUUAAGCGUGCAGUCAAAGCUGGAGAUGGAACAAUAUUAGCAACAUCUCCUCCUUAUACUCGCUUCCUUGAUACUGGGGUCGACUAUGCCAUAGUUAGCCCUGGCAUGCCACGCGUUGAUCUGUGGGUCCAAGAGUUCUUAAAACAUGAGAUACCUUGCGUUGUAGCGGACUACUUGGUUGAGUAUGUCUGCAAGCCCGGGUUCUCCCUUGAGAGACAUGUACUGUACGGCACUAAUGCUUUGGCAGAUAGGUCAUUUGCAAAACUUCAAAGUAAGGCAGAAGAAAUUAUUGAGGAAGUUAUUCCUCAUGAGGAGUGUGAUAAUGACGAUGAUGAUGUAGCUUGCCAAGUAUGUGGAUCCCGGGAAAGAGGAGAUGUCAUGCUGAUUUGUGGUGAUGAAAGUGGUUCUGUUGGCUGUGGAGUGGGUACUCAUAUCGACUGCUGUGAUCCUCCGCUGGCCGCUGUUCCCGAGGAGGAUUGGUUUUGCCCUAAAUGCAGUAGCACCCAAACAUGCUCAAAAAAAGCCAAUAAAAGGAAAAAGGGUGCACUGUCUUCAUCCAAGGCAAAGUCUUUUGCCAAAUAUCAAAGUAAGGCAGAAGAGAUUGUCGAGGAGGUCAUUCCUCAUGUGGGUUGCAAUGAAGAUGAUGUAGCUUGCCAAGUAUGUGAAUUGCGGGAAAGAGGAGAUGUGAUGCUGAUUUGUGGUGAUGAAACUGGUUCCGUUGGCUGUGGAGUGGCUACCCAUUUCGAUUGCUGUGAUCCUCCGCUGACGGCUAUUCCCGAAGAGGAUUGGUUAUGCCCAAAAUGCAUUAGAACCCAAAAAUGCUCAAAAAAAGUCAAUAAAAGGAAAAAGGGUGCAUUGUCUUCAUCAAAGGCCAAGUGAAUCUGUCCCUUUUGAGUCUGUCAACGUGUAUCUGAUUUUUAUGUAUCGCUAGCCCCUGGUCAUUGUUUGUUUUACUCAUGCUGAUCUUAGAUAGCUGUCACAAUAAUUAUGUAAAAAUCUUUAGACGAACAAACUAAUGUUGAUGUGCAUGUUUGGCCAACACUUGAUGGAUUCAGCGAUGAAUAGCAUAUUAAUUUGUGAAACUCUGAAAAAUAGGAUCUACCAUCCAUUUCAUGAAAAUGUACACAGUAAAGUUUACUGUACACAUUUGAUGAACAUCGGUGAACACUAGUUUUUAUAAUGCUAACAAUUAUAUAAGUUUAUGGUGCCCACAA